UUUGGACGUUCGGACGAGAGGAAGCCAGUUGGGCAGGUGGCUGCAAUUUGGCCACACAAACACUCGCGUCGAGAGGUUGAUUGUUGACCUUUGAAGGUUUUAAAGGGGACAGAAAGUUUCGCCUCACAUUCUAAUCCUACUCUUGCGCAAUAUAUGGAGAUCCAUCUAAACCUUUGAUUUUAUUAAGAUUAUAAUGCUGCGUUUGUGUUUGUAGUAGUGUGCGGUGGUGUAUCAUUGUAUCAUACUAAGAGGAAUUUUUAAUUAUAUGUGAUAUUUAAUACAAUGUAUAGUGCAGUUGCGAAAAUAAUUUGGGUAUACUCUAAACAGUGGAUAUAAAAAGUCUACACACCCCUGUGUACACCUAAUGCUAGGUUUUUGUGAUAUAGAAAAAUAUUGACCAAGAUAAGUAAUUUCAAAACUUUUUCCACUAUAAAUGUGACCUACUACCUGUACAAAUAAUUUUUUUGAAAAAAAAAAUAUAAAAAUCUUUUCGAGAGGGGAAGUACAAAUUAACAAUUGAGAUAAUGUGGUUGCACAAGUUUUGCACACCCUCUUAUGAGUUGUGUUCAGAAUUAACCAGUCACAUUCAAACUCAUCUUAACAGGAGUCAGUAUACACCUGCCACCAUUAAAAGUGCUUCUGAUUAACCCCAAAUAAUUUUCAAUUGUUUUAGUAGGCUUUUCUUGACUUUUGUUUGAUUUCUUGUAGAGGCCUGAAGGUUUUGCACUGCCUUGAUUUCACAGGAAGUUGUACAUGUUAUAGAUCAGAUUGAUGGUGGAAAAGGUUUAAAAAGAUUUAGCUUGGUCUCAUUGGUAUUACAAAAACCUUGUAUUUAAACAUGGGUGUGUACACUUUUUAUACUCACUGUACCCAGUUCCCCCACACUGGAUCUUCACACUAGAUAAAAAAAAAUAAAAUCACUGAUGAUUACUGGGACCAUUUCCUGUAAAACACAAUAUCACCAUAAAUAAAUGUUCCGAAAAGCGAGGUAAAUCCAACAAGCUCUUGUUGCUCUGUGCGCCAGCGACAACUGGAGUCAGGUAACAGCCAGGAGAGUCAAUGUUGUUGUAGUUGUUGUUUUCUUUCUCCAUUUGUGUAUGUUUAAAAAGGGCUGAGUGGAAGUGGAGGUGUGAGUGUUUUCUAUUAAUGCUUUUACAAACUAACAGGUGGGUCCAAUAACAGCUAAUAAUGAGGGGUGCUACUUGCCUUGUUGUCUUAAUGCUGCUUGCACAGGGAGAGAAGCGGAGGGGGUGGGUUAAAGUGCAAUAAGCAUUACCAUUAAUUAAUUAUCCUGCUCCUUGACACGCACGUGCUAAGUAGUUUGAACUGUAUCUUCGUUUGAUGAAUGAGGUCUAAAGGUCAUUACACCAAAAACUUUGAAUCAGUCGAAUCAUACUUCAUUAAAAUAGUCGAAAGUCAUUGGUUGUAUUCAGAAUCACAACUUAUCUGUUUUGAAAAGUUCUGGGGGAAAAAAAUUUAAAUUAAGGGACCACAAUAAUACUGGACUAUUUUUUAUUUUCUUUAAAUAUAUGCUAUGAAUGACUAUUUUUUUAAUUUGCUAGUAGUUUGUAGAAUAAAACAAAAAGAAUGUUUUAAUAAAACAUAUACCAAAAAAUAGUUGAUUUUGCUUUUCCCAAAGCUUUACAGGUGGGUGUGGUUGUGGGGGCCGGACAGUAGGUGGCGGUAAUACAACAAUAAUCGGGAUGCUAGUUACUCGAAGAAGAUGGAGGUGACGAAGAAGAAGAAGUGCUUUCAUUCUGACGCGAUCAACAACAACAACAAAAUUAAUAAUAAUUCAACUUAACAUGGAGGAAGAGGAACAAGCACUAGCGUUUUCCUUCUUGGCGUUACCAUGGGACGACAUAUUAGUUCCACAUAUUUUAUCCUAUUUACCUUUGACACAGCUCGUCACCUUGCAAAGAGUGAGCAAGCAGUUCCGCACGCUCAUCCGGCUCUUCUUCGCCAGAUGCAGGAGUUUUCAGCUAGUUGGACCUUGUCUUCCAAAGGAGGCUGUUCGCUCACUGUUGAAGGACAACAAGGUUGGACCUUGUAUUCCAAAGGAGGCCGUUCGCUCGCUGCUGAAGCACAGCAAAGUUCUUCGCAGGCUGUCACUUGAGAACUGCUCCUCCUGGCUGACGGACAAGGAGCUGCUGCCCGUCAUCAGCCGGAACCGGCGUCUGCUGACGGUGGACUUGAGCGGAUGCGUCGGCCUGACCCGCCGCUCGCUGGUCGCCGUGUCUUCGAACUGCGUACACCUGCGGCGGCUCGCCGUGGCCCGGUGCGACUUCGUGGACGGCCCGUUACUGUGCAGCCUGGCCGACCGCUGCGGAGCUUUGCGCUCGCUCGACCUCAGCGGCUGCUGCCGGCUGAAGGACGACGCCAUCUGCUACCUGGCCAAGAAGUGUGCGCGGUUAACCUUUCUCUCUUUGGCUUUGAAUGAAAAGAUCACAGAUGAGUCGGUGGAGGAGGUGGCCAAGAACUGCAGGGGCCUCGAGCAUCUGGACAUCAGGUGCUGCCUGCGGGUCAGGGACCGGGCCAUCAGGUAUCACAUCUUUUGGACCGUUGCUGAGUACUGCCCCAUGCUGCAGUCCUUGAAGGUGAGACACUGCCCCGAUGUGACCGAGUCCAGCCUGAAGCUUCUGCGCAAGCGCAACGUGCUCGUUGACGUUCAUUCGCCACCGGGGAGGGAUCGGCUGCUCGCCGUGCAUUACGGUCCUUAUGUCAAUCUCCAGGUAUAAGCCAUGUCCACACAGUCGAAGAAAUGAUAUACUUGUUUGUGUUGUUGGCCUUUUAUCCACACGCGAGCACAUUUCAGCGCACGAAAAAUGACUUUUUGGCCAGUUUAAAAUAGCUUAGUGUUUCUAUUUCUUUCUGUUUCACCGAUUAUAUUUCGAUUGCUUUGUUAACGACGUAAAAGUACAUUGUAACUCCACACGUAUGAUGCCACCUUUUGUGCCUUUUCCACAAAUGACAUCUGAUUGGCAAAAAUGGCCUUUGAUGUAAACUCGACAACCAGUGUGUUUUGACAUGUACGAAGAAUCUUUAGCCUGAAGUUUUUAUAUAUCUUAUAUAAUACAGUAUUAUACUGUAGAUAAAAGGAUAAUAAAGGGGAAUCAUGGUGAACUAGUGAUUAGCACAUCUGCCCCACAGUACAGAGGCCAUUGGUUCGAAUCUCUGCGGUCCGUAUUUCUCCCACGUUCCAAAAACCUGUUUAAGUUAAUUGAAAACUCUUAAUUCCCGAUAUGUGCCCUGCCAUUGACUGGCGACCAAUCCAGGGUGUACACUGGCUCUUGUCCAACUUCAGCUGUGACAGGCUACAGCUAACCCGAAUGAGGCCCAGAACUAUAGAAAACUGAUUGAAAGAUGACAUCAUGAUGGUAGAAAUAUAUUUAUCCAUCCAAUACUUAGCCAGGUGUGGACUUGGUUGGUUUACAGUCGCAAUUAAUAAGUGUCACUUCAUCUUAGUUAGUUAAAGUAAGUUAUUGUGUAUAUGACACCACAUUGUUUAGUUUGCACUUGCACUUUGUGCCAACAUACUGUAUAAAAGGUGGAUUAACAGAAUGUGUCGCUGCUACACCAAAACAAUGUUAGGAGCCAAUGGUUAGUGUAAUGGGAUCAACCCAUUCAAUGGGGUUUUUUGUUGCCAGUAACCUACUGAUUCCAAAAUUGUUCAUUAUGGUUUUGAUACACAUACAUUUUUAAUAAACAAUACAGUGCAAAUAA